AAAAAAAACAUUAAACUGCAUUUUCAUUGUAAAUUUCAGCUCCAUCAAAUGUUUCUAAAGCAAUCCACCAAUGCAAAAUGUUAAAAUUUUCUACAAUUUAUUGAAUAUUUUUAGUUUUAUUGGCAAUAUGCAUUAACUCUUUAUCUGAAUCCAAACACUGCAAACUCUAAUGUGGAAGUGAAAAUUAAGGUUUGACAAUUAAAUAACAGUGUCGGCCUACUUUCUUCCUCACAGGAACUCUAUUCAUUUAAUCUUGAUUUACUUUUAUACUGAAAACUCAGACAUUUUAUACUUAAGGAUGUGUUAUUGCACUAAAUAACCUGUAGAUUGAUCAUUAGUGUGACACAUGACAUCAGAAACACAACUUGUAAUAUGGCAAAAAAAACGAUACGAUAAUUCUGCUGUUAAAAGCUGAAAUUGGGACCUAACCGCAGGACACAGUCCUAAAAUCAGCUGAUAUUUGGCAGCUCCAUCAAGGGUUGUGCUGUUAUAGCCUGGAAAGCAAAUGUUGUCAGGGUUUUCCCAUGUUACUUUCAUCCCUGCACUCCCCUAAUGCUGUAAUUUUCAUUGCAUUACUGUGUGUUUUGGUUAUUUUAAGUGAAUAAAAAACUGUUCAGAAGCUUUCUAUUAUUUACUAAUCUCAUCUCUUUGUUUCACAGUGCUUUACAGUGUGUUUGCCAUCGUCAUCAGUGUCUAUCGAUCUUCUACUUCUUCUGUUUCGUCAUUGCGUUUGUCACCAGCAUGUCGACCAUUGAUUUUAACCAUCUUUCCAACCUGAUUCCUGCCUCUCUGUCACCUGAGAGCGCAGAAGAGCUCGCCACGGCCCUCUCCACCGGCCGCUGGUGGGCUAUCAUGGAGGUUUUACACCCCAUCGAUGAGGAGCGUCAGUUUGACUUCACUUCAGGUUACCAGAGUCAAACUGUGGAGGAUGACAGAGAGUUUUCUGCGUCUGGUCCAGCAGAGACAGCAGAUGCGUCCUCCGUCCCUGAGGCCUCAGAUGAGCUCGCCUCUGCCCUCGCUGCACGGGCCAUCGUAGAGGUCGAGCGCCCUAUUGAGGAGCCUCAGGUUGACAUCUCCUCUGUGCCGUUUUUGGAGGCACCAGAAACAUCACCAGGAGCUUCUGUGCCUGAGAACGGGGAACCCACCACAUCCCCAGUCCUCAAGAGCCAGAUAGAGCCGCCUGGAGCUCCCGUAUAUGCCGAGUCUGACACCCCGGGCUACCUCUUUUUCGGAAAUCAAAACCCCACGCCUGCUGAGCCAACUUUGGCCCCACCUGUGUCUUCUGUCAACGGAGACGUGUUUCAGAUGGUUUCAGCGGAGCCUAAAGAUUCUAAAAGAUUUCGAAGAGUUUCGAGGUGUCGCCGGUCUUCUUCUCUGCUGAAGAUAAGGGAGGCAUGGCUUAAAGAAUUUGCGAAACACAUGCCUCUUCAGAACCAGCAGCAUGUGGAGGUUGUAGCCAGUAGGGGACAAAAUCGAAUCCCUGAACCACAGCCUGAGGAGCAACCUGAAAGACCUCAGCGGACAGAUGUGAACGAAAUAAUCCGUGAGAUUCUGUCUGGUCUUCAGCCUGCUCGUCCUCCCAGAAGAAUGAGAGAACUGGAUGAAGCAUUUGUGAAUCAGAUGCCUCAUCAGAACCAGCAGCAUGUGGAGGUUGUAGCCAGUAGGGGACAAAAUCAGAUCCCUGAGCCACAGCCUGAGGAGCAGCAACAGGAUAACCCUGAAAGACCACAGCAGAGAGAUUUAGUAGUGAAUGGAAGAGUCCGUGGGGUUCUGCGUGGUCUUCAGUCUGCUCGUCCUCUCAGAAGAAUGAGAGAACAGCAGGAUGAAGCAUUUGUGAACCAGAUGCCUCAUCAGAACCAGCAGCAAGUGGAGGUUGUAGCCAGUAGGGGACCAAAUCGGAUCCCUGAGCCACAGCCUGAGGAGCAGCAACAGAAUGAACCUGAAAGACCUCAGCAGAUAGAUUUAGUAAUAAAUGGAAGAGUCCGUGGGGUUCUGCGUGGUCUUCAGUCUGCUCGUCCUCUCAGAAGAAUGAGAGAACAGCAGGAUGAAGCAUUUGUGAACCAGAUGCGACAUCAGAAUGAGCAGCCUGUGGAGGUUGUGGCCAGUAGGGGACAAAAUCAGAUCCCUGAACCACAGCCUGAGGAGCAGCAACAGAAUGAAUCUGAGAGACCUCAGCAGAUAGAUUUAGUAAUAAAUGGAAGAGUCCGUGGGGUUCUGCGUGGUCUUCAGUCUGCUCGUCCUCUCAGAAGAAUGAGAGAACAGCAGGACAACAUUGUUAAUCUCCAGAACCCUCCACUCCGGCAACCACGGCCUGGUCCACCGCCUACCUACAUUCGCAGGACGGUGGUGGGCAGCAUUGGAGAUUUUCCACGCCAUUGAUGAGGAGCCUGAAAUUCAGCCUCAAAGAUGAACAAAUAAAUUAAUAAAGAGAUUUUUAAACAGAGUUCUGGAACUAUAUUUAUGCUUUAAGAGCACCUUGUCAAUGCCACAGCCUACCUGAGUAUUGUUACUGACCAUGUCCAUCCCUUUAUCACCACAGUGUA